AUGGGUUUGGUUUCCCUAUUUAUUGUGUUUCUCAACUUUUCUGUUUUUACGCUUCUACUUUUGAUCAUUGAGAUGGGUUUAAGGCUAAGAAAACCUCAAUCCGAUGUAUUCUUUGAAGGAAGAGAUAUUCCACUAUCACACUACUCCUUCAAAAUUCAGUCAUUUUCAUCGCUUUCCAAAACUUCGAUAGAGAAAUACAGUUCAGACAAGUUUGAAGCUGGUGAUUACAAAUGGAAAUUAUCUAUUUACCCAAAUGGGAACAAGGAUAGAGAUGGGCAAGGCCAUGUUUCCAUAUCUUUGACAUUGGUGGAUGCAAGUUCUCUCCUUGCUGGUUGGGAGGUUAAAGCCAUUGUCAAUUUUUUUGUAUUUGAUCAAGUUGGGGACAAGUAUUAUACACUCUCAGCCGGAAAAGUAAGACAUUUCCAUGCAAUGCAAACCGAAUUGGGAGUACCAAAGUUCAUCGAUCUUGAAGUGUUUAGUGAUUCUUCAAAUGGGUACCUUGUCAAUGACACUUGCGUGUUUGGAAUUGACAUUUUUAUUCUCAAACAAACACAUAAAGGAGAGAAAUUGUCAAUGGUGAAAGAAAUCGUGACUGAUAGUUACAUAUGGAACAUUAAAUCAUUUUCAACCUUAAACCUUGAUCGAUAUGAGUCUGAGACAUUUAUUGUCCGAGAUCAUAAAUGGAAGAUUCUGAUUUAUCCACGUGGAAAUGGAGAAGGGAAGGGAAAUAGUAUGUCGAUGUUUCUAUGUUUGGACGAAACGACUCUUCCACCUGAUACUAAGCUCUUUGUCAAAUUCCUCCUUCGUGUCAUAAGCCAAACUCCAACGAAAUCAGAUAACUUUGAAUUUAAAGUUGAGAAUCAUUUUGGACCAUCAUGCUUGACUUGGGGGGCACAGAAGUUCAUGUCAAUUGUUAAACUCAACGACCCAAAGAAGGGUUACUUGGUGGGCGACACUUGCAUCGCCGAAGCAAAUGUUACUUUGAUUGGAGAAGUGACCACAGCAUCUUAAUUACGAAUUGAUCUUCUCAUUUAUUUUUAAUGUAUGUAAAUUAUAAUUAACAUGAACUCCUACACUAACUAGCUCCGCUAAAUUAAGUCUGAGCUAAUUUUAGAGAGUUCUGUUAAGAAAAUUGUGACCAAAAUAUAUGUAUUUUAAUACAGUAAUACUAAGUACUGAUAAAUAUUCAAAAUUGUAAAUUUGUGAUUGGAAUUCAUUUUAGGUA